GACCAGGCAUAUCGGUAUAAACUGCAGAGCAAACUUUACCGCUCCUCUCUCACAUCCUCGAAACGAUGGCUGACGCCAAUGCUCUGAAAGACCAAGGAAACAAGGCUUUCGCAGCCAAAGACUGGGAUAAAGCGAUCGAUCUUUUCACCCAGGCAAUCGCGAUUGAUCCCAAAAAUCAUGUUUUGUACUCGAAUCGAAGUGCCUCUUAUGCGGGAAAGAAGGUGUGGACAUCAGCAUUAAAAGAUGCAGAGCAGUGUAUCGAGGUGAACCCGCAAUGGUCAAAAGGAUAUGCACGAAAAGGUGCCGCCCUCCAUGGCGCUCGCAAAUAUGAUGAAGCCAUCGAAGCGUACAAUGCCGGAUUGAAAAUCGAGGACAGCCCGGCGUUACGCAAAGGUUUGCAAGAAGUUAUGGACGCUCAAGCUUCUGAGGCUAGAGGGGCUGACGCCAACCCUUUCGGUAAUCUCUUCUCGGAUCCCAAUACACUCGGGAAACUCGCAUCGAAUCCUCGAACCUCAAAGUACAUGGCCGACCCCUCAUUCGUCCAAAAGAUAAGACUAGCACAGCAAAGCCCUGGUCUGACGGGCAAUUUGUUUGAGGACCCGAGAAUGAUCGAAGCGAUGGGCGUUCUAAUGGGUGUUGACCUCUCCGCUACCACUCGUCCGGAAGGUUCAGGGAACGAAUCUCCUCAACCUUCAUCCCCACCCCCUCCAGAACCCCAACCUUCCCCUUCCACAUCCAAGCCCGCGCCUCCUCCCACUGAAGAUGUUGAGAUGGAGGAGGUCGGUGGAGAUGAUGCCAAGGCGAAGAAGGAAGCAGAGGACCUGAAGAAGUCGGGAACCGAAGCUUACAAGAAAAGAGAAUUUGAUGAAGCCAUUAAUGCAUAUCAAAAGGCUUGGGACACAUGGCCGAAAGAUAUCACAUUUCUCACCAACCUUGCAGCUGCGCAUUUCGAGAAAGGUGAAUAUGAUAAAGCGAUUGAAGUAUGUCAGAAGGCCGUUGACGAAGGACGCGAGAUUCGUGCCGAUUACAAGCUCGUCGCUAAAGCGUACGGCCGUAUUGGAUCUGCUUAUCAGAAGAAGGGCGAUCUCACCAACGCUAUUAAAUCCUUCGAAAAAUCGCUGACUGAACACCGGACGCCGGAUGUACUCAACAAACUUCGUGAUGCCGAAAAGAUCAAGGUUGAAGCGGAUCGUCAAGCCUAUAUCGAUCCCGCGAAGAGUGCUGUUGCUCGUGAAGAAGGUAACGAGCAGUUCAAAGCAGGAGAUUUCGUUGCUGCAGUGAAAUCUUAUACGGAGAGUGUUAAGCGAGAUCCCGCCGAUGCUCGAGGAUACAACAACCGAGCCGCAGCUUACACGAAACUUGCCGCCCUACCAGAGGCAUUGAAAGACGUGAACAAGGCGAUCGAGGUCGAUCCGAACUUCGUCAAAGCCUAUAUCCGCAAGGUAAACAUCCUCCUUGUGAUGAAGGAGCACACGAAAGCCCUGGAAACUAUACAAGAAGCUACUGCACACGACACGGACGGUAAAAAUGCCAAAGAAAUACAGCAACUUGAAUACAAGAUCCAGAUGGAUCUAUACAAGGAGCGUGGGGAAGAAACUCAGGAACAGACGCUUGAAAGAGCAAUGAGAGAUCCCGAAGUGGCGGGAAUCAUGAGUGACCCUGUCAUGCAGCAAAUACUGCAACAGGCGCAAUCGAACCCUGCUGCAUUACAGGACCAUAUGAAGAACCCGAUAGUCAGAGGGAAAAUCCAGAAACUGAUCAAUGCUGGUAUCAUCCGUACGAGAUGAGAAGUUUGGUUGAGUGCUGCUACAUUACGUCUAUUACUCAUGUAUCUGUAGGAGAUUCGAAGAAAUUUUUGUAUAAAUAAUUCGGUCCCUGGUCAAAUGGCAUGCGCUGGAUGCGUGCCCUCUUUCCUUAAAUCGAACGAGUUGUUACAACAGUAACUACCA